GCAUGCUACUGCCUACAGCGGUGAAGUUACCUGUUGCCGGUGCAGCAUGGGCUGCUCAGAGGAGAGAGUAUACGCUUUCGUCUCUCCUUGACUCCUUCACCGAAGAACAGAAGACAGCAAACCAAACGACCCUUUAAAAAGCUUCCAUGGCAGACGUGAAUGAAAGGAGAGCAACAAACAAGGAGCAGGAGAAGAAAUCAAAUGGAGCAGCAAACCAAAACCGUGAUAGCAAUCCGAGAAUACAAGAUGAAGAUUAUAAGAAAAACUCCGCUUCAAAAUCCGAGUCUGCCAAUGAUUCUGUGAACAUGGAAGCCAUUGUAACAGCUGACGAUGUCGUUCGAGCCGGCGGGUUUGGAGCCCGAGAUGAUAUAGGCAGUUUUCUUCCAGUUGCUGCUGAUUCCACUGAUUUUGAAGCUUCACUUCUGGAAGCACAGAGCUUUGAAGAGACACAGGAGGAGAAGAAGAGGCCAGGUCUUGGUUGGACUAAGGAAAUGGAGAAUUAAUUAAUAGCUACCUAUGUUCUGGUAAGUAAUAUUCUCUCAUAUUUUGGUCUUGCUGCAACUUUAUUGCUCCAGGUUGGAUAACUUUACUCUUUAGGACUAUAUAUGGAUUGGAGGAGUUCAGUGUGGAGUCA